UUAGUGUAUGUUCCUGAGCAGUGCAAGCUAUGUGUGUCCUCUCUCAGCUCACCCUCACUGCUACCUUCCUACAGUGACAUGGAGGGACACGGCAAGUGUGAGCAGGAGGCAGACUGGAGUGGUGACCAGCAUGCAGAGAGCAGUGCGAGAAACAAGCUUUUCCUUAUAAAAGGUGGGAUUUUUCUUGGCACGGUUGCUACAGCAGGGAUGUUUGCUGGCUUUGGCACAACUCUGUCUCUUGCGAAGAAAAAAAGCCCCAACUGGUUCAAUAAGGGUGUCAUUGCUACAGUCGCUUUACCAGAAAGUGGCUCGUCCCUUGCUUUGAGGGCCUUGGGGUGGGGCUCUCUAUACGCCUGGUGUGGAGUGGGACUGAUCAGUUUUGCAGUCUGGAAGGCUCUUGGCGUACACAGUCUUAAAGAAUUUCGGGAGAAAAUGCAGUCUAUAUUUCCAGCUGUGCCUAAAACCCAAGAGCAGACCUCUAAUACCGAAUCAUUUAAAUGGGAGGAUCUUCUAAAGACCAAGUGAUAAACUCCAAACCUUGUUUGUGAUGGCUCCACACAGAGUGAGGUUAUGAAGAAGAAUACACCCAAUCAUGAGAGAUGUUUCAGCUAAAAAGGAAGUGUAUUUCUUAUUUACAACUAAACAUACAGGAUUCACAGAGCAAGAGAGGGACUUUUUUUGUGAUGUCAGCAUUAAAGUUUUGGUCUGCAUGAUUAUAGGAUCAUGUUCACGUUAUGAGAAAUUACUGCUAUUUUCCUUAAAGGAAAUCACCCAUAAGAAUAAUGUAAAUAAAUAAAUUACUUUUAGGAUAAAAAGAA